CGCGGCGGCCCCGGGCGCGAUCCAACCCAGGUAGCCGCGCCGCAGGCUCGGGGCGCCGCGACCCCGUGCCCCGCCGUGUCGUGGGCCCCGCGGGGACCGCGGCUGGCGGGAGCUCCCUGCUGCUACUGCUGCUGCUCAACAAGGAGGAGUGAUUACUGUUCUGAAGUGAGCAUUGGAGGAGGAUCCAUUAGGCCAUCAGAAUGGAAAUGAGGAAAGGAAAUCAGCUGACGCAGGAGCCGGAGUGAGACCGACGUGCCCACAAACCCAGCCUGCACCAUGAACUUGUGUCUCCCUUCUGCGCUUUAAGAGCCAAGGGCAGGUGAAGUUGCUGGAGAGCAAUGGCUUUCUUUACUCCGUGGAAGUUGUCCUCUCAGAAGCUGGGCUUUUUCCUUGUGACUUUUGGCUUUAUCUGGGGUAUGAUGCUCCUGCAUUUUACCAUCCAGCAGCGAACUCAGCCUGAGAGCAGCUCCAUGCUGCGUGAGCAGAUCUUGGACCUCAGCAAGAGGUACAUCAAGGCGCUGGCAGAAGAAAACCGGAAUGUGGUGGAUGGGCCAUACGCCGGUGUCAUGACAGCUUACGAUCUGAAGAAAACACUUGCUGUGCUUUUGGAUAAUAUCUUGCAGCGCAUUGGCAAGUUAGAGUCAAAGGUGGACAAUCUCGUAAUCAAUGGCACGGGAACAAACUCGACCAACUCCACCACGGCUGUUCCCAGCUUGGUAGCACUUGAGAAAAUUAAUGUGGCAGCUCCUGAAGCCAGGCCAGCUGAUGGAAGUGCUGGCAGGAGUUUCGUCUCCAGGCUGAGCGCAGAGAUGGAGUCCGUUCCCAGAUGGCGAGGAACAGCUGGGCCAGUGGCGUGCACACAUAUCAUUAAUGGAGCUCAAGAAAAAUGUGUAUUGCCUCCUAUGGAUGGCUACCCUCACUGCGAGGGGAAAAUCAAGUGGAUGAAAGAUAUGUGGCGCUCGGAUCCCUGCUACGCAGACUACGGAGUGGAUGGGUCCACCUGCUCUUUCUUUAUUUACCUCAGUGAGGUUGAAAACUGGUGUCCUCAUUUACCUUGGAGAGCAAAAAAUCCCUAUGAAGAAGCUGAUCAUAAUUCAUUGGCGGAAAUCCGUACAGAUUUUAAUAUUCUCUACAGCAUGAUGAAAAAGCAUGAAGAAUUCCGGUGGAUGAGACUCCGGAUCCGGCGAAUGGCUGAUGCAUGGAUCCAAGCAAUCAAGUCCCUGGCAGAAAAGCAGAAUCUUGAAAAGAGAAAGCGGAAGAAAGUCCUUGUUCACCUGGGACUCCUGACUAAGGAAUCUGGAUUUAAGAUAGCAGAGACAGCUUUCAGUGGUGGCCCUCUUGGUGAAUUAGUUCAGUGGAGUGAUUUAAUUACAUCUCUGUACUUACUGGGCCAUGACAUUAGGAUUUCAGCUUCACUGGCUGAGCUCAAGGAAAUAAUGAAGAAGGUUGUAGGAAACCGAUCUGGCUGCCCAACUGUAGGAGACAGAAUCGUUGAGCUCAUUUAUAUUGAUAUUGUGGGACUUGCUCAAUUCAAGAAAACUCUUGGACCAUCCUGGGUUCACUACCAGUGCAUGCUCCGAGUCCUGGACUCAUUUGGCACGGAGCCAGAGUUCAACCAUGCUAACUAUGCCCAGUCUAAAGGCCACAAGACACCCUGGGGCAAAUGGAAUCUGAACCCACAGCAGUUUUAUACCAUGUUCCCUCAUACCCCAGACAACAGCUUUCUGGGAUUUGUGGUUGAGCAGCAUCUAAACUCCAGCGAUAUCCACCACAUUAACGAAAUCAAAAGGCAGAACCAGUCCCUUGUGUAUGGCAAAGUGGAUAGCUUCUGGAAGAAUAAGAAAAUCUACUUGGACAUUAUUCACACGUACAUGGAAGUGCAUGCGACCGUUUAUGGCUCCAGCACGAAGAAUAUUCCCAGUUAUGUGAAAAACCAUGGCAUCCUAAGUGGGCGGGACCUACAGUUUCUUCUCCGAGAAACCAAGUUGUUUGUUGGACUCGGGUUCCCUUAUGAGGGCCCAGCUCCCCUGGAGGCCAUCGCAAAUGGAUGUGCUUUUCUGAAUCCCAAGUUCAGCCCACCCAAAAGCAGCAAAAACACAGACUUUUUCAUUGGCAAGCCAACACUGAGAGAGCUGACAUCCCAGCAUCCGUAUGCUGAAGUGUUCAUUGGCCGGCCCCAUGUUUGGACGGUUGACCUCAGCAAUCAGGAGGAAGUGGAGGAUGCCGUGAAAGCAAUUUUAAGUCAAAAGAUUGAGCCAUACAUGCCAUAUGAAUUCACAUGUGAGGGGAUGUUGCAGAGAAUCAAUGCUUUCAUUGAAAAACAGGAUUUCUGCCAUGGGCAGGUGAUGUGGCCGCCCCUCAGUGCCCUGCAGGUGAAGCUCGCCGAGCCCGGACAGUCCUGCAAACAGGUGUGCCAGGAGAACCAGCUCAUCUGCGAACCUUCCUUCUUCCAGCAUCUCAACAAGGACAAAGACAUGCUGAAAUAUGAGGUGAUCUGCCAAAGCUCAGAGCUGGCCAAGGACAUCUUGGUGCCCUCCUUCGACCCCAAGAACAAGCACUGUGUGUUUCAAGGUGACCUCCUGCUGUUCAGCUGUGCGGGCGCCCACCCCAGGCACCAGAGGGUCUGCCCCUGCCGGGACUUCAUCAAGGGCCAGGUGGCUCUCUGUAAAGACUGUCUAUAGCGGCCACUGACUCGGCCCCACACGCACUCUGCUGGGGAAACGGUGGCCCCAACACCAUCGGGGCAGGGCCAGGGGGCAGACGUCAUUCAGGGACUCUCGCCAGAGCCUGAACUUGAUGGUGGAAGGUUUCAAUUUGGUAUUGCUCCUUCUGCGGUCAGAGCACCAUGGCAGAGUUUUCCCCAAA